CGGGGCGGCCCGCCGGCCCCCGGCUCCUCAGCCCGCUCCGCCCGCGCUCCGCCCCCCCCGCUCCUCAGUUUACCUGCGGCGGCGGCUCCCGGCCCGGCGUUCGGCGGCAGGAUGACGGGAGCGGAGCGGGUGCGCGAUGGCAGCUGCCACUUCCAGCGUUCGCGGCUCCUCUGGAUGAUCGGCAUCAUCUUCGGCAUGAUCCUGCUAGGCUGGGUAACGCUGUCACCUUCAACCAUCCCUUACAGCUAUUUGGGACUGUUUGGUGAUUUCCUUCGUUAUUUAGUGAAGAAUUACCACAAGUGGGUGUGCUACGGGUUCUAUGUAUCCUGGUUGAUUCACAUAGUAGAAGCCUUGUACGGUAUAAAGCUAUGCCAAUCUAAAGGCAUCACUGACCCAGCAGUUCAGUUCCACUGGUUCAUUCAGACGCUUCUAUUUGGGUAUGCUUCCUUCGGUCUCCUGGUGUCGUACAAACCUCCAGCCAAGAAAUACUACUAGAAGCCUGUGACAGAAGUCUCUUCUCACAUUCUUCAUCCUUAUUCUUCAGGAAACAACCUCACAUGUUUAGAAGCUGUAAUUAGCAAAGUCACAUUCCUACUACACGAUGCAGUGCCCAUCUACCAAAUUAACUUUUUGUACUAAGGAAGAAACUCAGCUAUAAUUCACAGGGCCCUGUGGACAGUUUGGUAGAAAUUCAGCCUGUCAAUCUUGGCACUGCCUAAGUUUAAUUCUCUUACGCAAGAGCUGAAGGUUGCAGCCUUGCACUGUUUGAUAUAGAUUGUAUACUCUGAUUGUCAUUGGUGAGGAAAGGCCCUGAUAGUAGUUAGUAGCAGCUCAUAGGUGACCCUUUCAUGGGGAGAAUUUACCUCCACAACAGAUAUUGUUAUUUAUGACCACAAAGCCAAUCGCUGAUGUUUUGUGGCAGGAUAUAAGUUUCUCCUACCAUUUUUCUACAGGACCUUUUAAAAGCUUUUUCUGUAUUUGUUAGAGCCUGGUCUGUGUCAUUUGUUUUGUCAACUUACUCUCUUUAACAAAGGACAGACUGCUUUAUUGCUGCGGGCACGUUAAAAAGACCAAGUCUUCUAAAAGACCAAGUUUGGGUUGAGGUGAGUGAGCUGGGAUACAUGAAGUACUUGAACUUGGUUUAAUUCUUGUGCCUUCAAUUCCAUGCAGCAUGACCUCAUCUUUCAAAUGUGGAUUUCCAUCUCUUGAGUUAGUGUAGUAUAUACUCUCUAUAGAGUAUAGAGAGAAUCCUGUAGCUUUUUAGGGAACUAACUUCUUAUCCAAGAAAACAACCUCACAACAUUCCAAAAAGAAAAUCUCAUAGGUUGUCACAUGAAAAGUAAGCCUAACAAGUCAGCGCUCACCACAUCUGCCAGAUGUUCAUCUGGCAUCUGGUUCUGACAUCUUUGGUUUGUAGACUAUCUUUACAUCCCUCAGAGUAUUUCCUUUACAUCUAAUUGAGCCCUUUGAUCUCACUGUCUGUUUUACACCUCUCAGUCUUUAACCAGAACUAGCUUUUCUUGUUCUUAGCACUUUAAGAAGUAAUUACUAUUUAAAAUAUUAACUGUGAUUUGGGGAGAGGUUUCUUCCACACCACCCCUGGUGCUACUGUUCUAGUAAAAAGAAGGGAACGCAGGCUUUGCUCAAAAGAAAAGUUCCUCAAGGCAGUAAUGAGCAAGCAUAUACCUUGUGUAAUACGUAUGCUAGACUGUGAGACAUCUGAUACGGUUCAAGUACAGGUUCUUGAGGUUUUUGCUUUUUAGCUAAAAGCAAAGAGAAAUGAAGAGCUUUAAAUGGUGGAGUGGCUUUUUUCCUUACCACUAACAGUCUUUAGAGAAGUAGAAAGGAUGUUUAGUGGUUAGAAAACCACAGGAAUAUCAAGAACCUGGGCUAGGUUUCCCUGUGUAACUUUGUAAUCUUAUUCUGUGAUCCUUUAAUAAAGAUUAAAAAAAAAUAAAAUAGUUAAUUUCCUUUUUAUUUUA